AUGACAGAGUUUUGGCGAUACUACUGGACCACCGGUCAAACUGAAGAGCCAAAGCACGAAGAGCUCAAGAACCGAGUGAUCCAGCCGACCAGCGACUUCUACAUCCGGCUGUUCGAGGGACAAGUGCUCCUCCGCACCGACUAUCGCCUAGCUCGGCACCUGAUCCAUUGCCAACACGACAACGUCGAAUCGAACGAUUGGGUGAUCGCCGACUCGGAAGUCCAGCAAGUCUUCCAGAGCGGCACUCGUCUGCCCGUCCGCUUCAUCCGCCUCGCUGAGAGCCUCGCUCGAUUCCAGCGACGAACCUUCGAGCUACCUGGCCGCAAGGUCGACGACUUUGCUAGCUAUCCAGUCCUCUCGUACCCACCUGGUGUUUCUCGUGCCUACUUUUCCGGCCCACGAAUUCACCACGACCUGCCGAUAGCUGUUGAUCAGAUCUUCGACUGUCAUUUCAGCCUACUUGGCGGCAAGUACAAGCUGCCACUCGAUCGUCAGUUUGACCCUCGAUCAACCUCGAGAGUCGACCGCUGCACCCGCCAAGCCGAAGACCUCAUCAACAACCAACUAGCCAUCCGGCGAACCGAGCGCCGUAGGUGUGACUGGUACUGCGCCGUCAGAAUCAAACGCCGCACGUACAGAAUAUUACGUGAGCUGGUCGUACGAUACUACAACCCCAACAAGCCGAAAAACGAGAUCAAGCUCUUGGUUGAAGCACAAGUCCAGCUCGUGUGCCCACACCACGAUAUCCACUUCAGUAUUGGACACUAUCACAGGCGCGAGCUCGAGCACCUGACCUCCGGACUGGGCCUCGGGGACUCAUACCUCGUCCACACCUUUUCCAUCGGACGUCCAGGUCUGAACCUACCCAUCCACCUAGGCCAACUAGUCGACCGCCAAUCGGAAGGCACUCAGCUCUCAGGCAACCAAGUGCCCUCCGAGCCUCCUCCCCUCCAGCCAGACCAGUGCCCCGACUACGAAGCCAGGACAUACCUCAAUAGCAGAAGCACCCAGCCAGCAAGCCCGGCGCCUCCUCGACCCCGAAGAUCUUCAACAGACGGUCUCAAGACUCCUCGACUUUGGCGACGAGCGUCCCUGGACGCGGAGUACAUAAUCCUCAUGGCGAAGGAGACCAAGAAAGGAGCCAAGAACAAGAGCAAGAAGGAGAAGGAGAAGGACACCCCCACCGAAGCAACCGCCUCCAUCGAAGAACCGACACGACGUAGCGCCCGCAACAAUGCAGCAGACAACACGCCCAAGAAGGGCGAGGCCAGCCGACCAGCCACUCCUUCCUCCAGCUCGAAGAAAGGCCUGCCAGCCAAGGAGAUCAAGUCUGUACCCCUGCCACUCAACAUCGACAUAUGGCGCCGUCGGACCCAGCACCCGACUACCUCCCAGUACGACUGGCUGAACGACGAGAUGCCCGAACCUCCCUCGCGUCCAUCCAGCUUUCCAUGCGAGCUUGGCGACGUCUCAGCCCGCUAUUGGUCUCUCCUCCCGAAUGGCACAGACCACAAGACGUACAACCAGGAUUACAAGAUCGAAUCCAACGACGCUAUCAACAUACGACUCGCCGCGUCUACUGGAUACGACAUCCAGGACAUUACGAAAUGGCGCCUAAAGGGCGUCGCAAUCUGCGAGAACGGCGUCAUCCUAGUCCCUCGAGCCCACGACCCCUUGCUCCGAAAAGAGCAGAAACUCCAUUGCAGGCACGUUAGUCGCACCGGCAAGACUGUCGAAGGCUUCCCUUACGAGAGCCUGUUCCAGGAGUUCAUCGGUCGCAACGUCGUCAUCUACAAGACUAGCACCGCUACCUACGGCUUUACGGUACCGAGAGAGGCGUCCAACGUAAAGAGGAAGUGGUUCAUCAACGGCGUCAGUUGGCCACCUCUCGAGUUCGUCACGAACACCGCCCUAGCCUGGGAAGCCCAGCAACCAGCCGCCGAGGCUAACGACGAGGUCGAGCAAAUACAUACAAUGGCCAUCUCAAAAGACAAGAAGACUCGAGUUAUCCCUUAUCAGAACUUCGUGCAACCAGCUGAGCCAUACGGCAAGGACGGCUCACCGACGGAAUGGCAGGAAGAGAGGAUUCAUUGGGAGCAGCAAGUCGAGGGCGUAGGCGACAAAGGCGUCGACUACCUGGCUCGGAACCGCGCACAGGUAGUCAUUUUCCCACGAAAGCUCUAUCAAAGCGAAGACGAGGAUGACGACAACCGUGGCAGCCCAACUCCUGCCGGACCGAAGACCGAACGCACCUCACAAACAAGCGGCCCUCCGGCCGGACCGAAGACCGAACACACCUCACCACCAAGCGACCCUCAUGCUCGUACUUUGAUGGCUCCUCCGCCGCCACUGAGGCUGCAUCAAUCGCUGCGACAGCCGCCGCUCCAACAGGACUUUGGGUACCCACCUGGAGUGAACCCCUGGAAUGCUGCCAGCCAAGGAAACAGCCCCCCUGGACUUGGAAUCAAGCUUGGCAACCCAGCUACAGCCUUCACUAAUCCAAACGAUGGCUUACCAGCCGGCGAUGUCAAGAAAGACAGCGACGAGCGACCCGAGAAGCGAUCGCCUAGCCCAGACCUUUUCUCCCCCGACUCGCACAAGAGGCGACGACUUCAGUAUGAGGAACGGAAGAGCUCUCGAAUCCACAAGCUGCUGAACGGUGUGAGUUCCCAAACCGAUCUUACUCCACAGCAGAUCGCUUGGCCUGAGGAAGAAGGUGCACAGCUUGCCAACGCCCUUGCUGCCCUCGGCCGCAAGCAGUUCCUCUACCCAACCAAAUGCCCACCAGACGCUACGUCGAAGGUGCCAGAUACACGCGCAGCGGACGAGUUCCAAGAGCACGUCUUCGAGUGGUCGGACUCUAGGGGCCUUGAAGCGGACGACAUCUUCCCUCAUUGCACCGCUAUGGAGAGCUACAUGGCUAUUCUGAUUCUCUUCAACCAUUGCGUCCAACCGGAUGGCUCGGCGAGCCGGGGCUACAACGAAACCCCAGCAGCAAACCAACAGCUCAAGUCCUCAGACCCCUACACCGAGCAGGCACCUAGGACCCGAGCCCUCCUAUGCCACGCUGCAAAUCUGAAGGCAGCCGCGCAAGCAUGCUGCUUCGCCUCUGAGUUUGAGGGCCUCUACGGUCUCGCAGGCUCCUUUCUCGAAAGCCUGAGGGACUUUAGCACCCAAGCUACCCGACUCCUCUCCGCCCCGACCAGGAAUCCACCACCCAAGCGAGCCUUCGGCGCCGACGCCAAAGCUACUAUCCGCAGCCAUCUGAACAAUGUCAAUGUUGUCGAUACCACAGCUGCCGACCCAGCAUACGUUCACCUCAUGGCAACUAACGCCAUGAUGACGGACCAAGACUCGCUCGCAUACCUAAUUGGCCUCAGAGCUUCCCUCGACAGACAGAUCGAAGAAGCUAGUAGCCGAUUGAGCCUCUCUACGAACCACGCUACCGCCACCGGAGCACUGGUCAAGCCGAACGACUACAUUACACCAACGUACCAGUUCUCCAACGCGUCGAGUCACAUCGUUGGUCAGUUGCUCAGUCAUUUGGACGGCACCACCGUGUCUAAGACCAGAUUCUACAUGGCGCUCCGAGGCCUUACGACACGGGCGGCAGCUUUCGACGAGCUCAUCGACACCUUGUGGACCAACACCUCUGGCUACAAGGACUCCGUUGAUGACUUACGCCUGACCAACGACCUCCUGCAAGUGUUUGAUCGCUCGAGACGCCCAGCUGACGGGCUACGCGACUAUGAGGCCGCCCGGCUUCUCGAACUGCCCUCUUUCGCCGAUCUUGUCGACAGAGGCAAGCGAAACGACGCCCUGAUCGACCUGCCUCGCCACAUACCUGUGGUAGGCGUCGAACCAGUCGGCCGCGAAUUGGACUACCAAACCCGCAAAGCGAAGGUAGCAGUCCUGCUAGCCAAUCGAAUCAUCGACAAGGUCGUCGCCAUCACCGGCCUGGCUAUCGCACGUUACACCGAGUACGACUCUAUGCCCCAGAAGAACGAUCUGUACGAAUACCCGCUGGAAAUCCAGCUCGCUCUGUCCGCAGUCUCUCUGCACCUCGACAGCACUGCUGGCCACGACCAAGCACGCUCUUGGAAGAGGCACGCGAACGUCUGGCUCCGCGAGCUCGCCACCUUGAUGUACGAUCGCCACCUCAUCGAGCACGAAGCCGACGAAGAGACCGACACGAGCGAAGAUCAGAGCAUCAAUACGACCAACAACCUCGACACCGAGCCUGAUUACGCCCGUAUGGCGGUUGAAGGCUACAUAGCUGCGAUCAAGGCUUCACCCAAGUGGGCCGAUUUCUCUAGCAAGCCUACCAACCUCGGCGCCCUAGCUGAUGUCGCAGCUAACAAGCCAUCCAACACCGAGGACUUCUCCACUGCCAUGAAGUUGAUUCAGAGAUACGCAGAGAAGCACAAGCUGCUCGAGUCCGAAGAGUCCGAGUGA